GCCGACUGGUAACGGAAGCGUAGAAGAACAAGAGACUGAACGUAAACAGAGUACACGCUUCCUGACCGUGAACCAGACAGGAAGAAACAGAUAAACUAGGCCUAAAACUCACAUGAGUAUAAGUUUUUUGGUUUAGAAAUAAUUAAUAUUUAUCUGUUUGGUGACAUACACAAUGAUGUAAUCCAAUCAGACACUUAUUUAUUAGAUUUAUUGAUUCAGCGCGCCACUAAAAACCCGCUCUGGUGCCUUUUAAAGAGAUGUCACGGCUUUUUCCGUCCAUCAGCUGUGUGUACAGUUUGUCCAGUUUGUCCAGUCGGGUCUUAUGGAGAGCUACUCCCAGUAUUUCUCCUCCGACCGGACUGCCGUGCGUGUUGGCAGCCGGUAAAAAGGACCUGAUAGACCUUCACGUCCUGAAGGAGGACGAGCUUGAGGAGCAGUUUGUGAGAGGAUCUGGACCCGGAGGACAGGCCACCAACAAAACCAGCAACUGUGUGGUUCUCAAACACAUCCCCAGUGGGAUUGUUGUGAAGUGCCAUCAGACCAGAUCUGUGGAUAUAAAUCGAAAGCGUGCUCGGGACAUUAUGAGAGAGAAACUUGAUGUUUUAUAUAAAGGAGAGCUCAGUGAAGUUAAUAUAAAGAAGAAAGAUUCUGAGCUGAGGAAACAAGAGAAGAGGAGGAAGGCAAAUGAUAAUCUGGAGAGAAAAAGACUCUUUAAAGAAGCUCUGGCUGCAGACUCCAAACAUGGAAAUGACACUGUUUAAAACAUGUGGAUAUAGAAUGAAUGAUUAAUGAGAUGGUCCUGUGUUUAAUGCCUGCAAAAUCUGAAUAACACCUGGAAAGCUACUGGAAAGUGUAUAAAAUCCAAGUUGCAAUACAUAGUACAUCACACAAUAUAAAACAUAGGGGGAGUUUUUGAAAAGAAAAAAAAGAAAAUAUAGUUUAAAAAAUGUUUGGUGAUGUGUAGUGCAUCCUUUUUAAUGCUUUAGGUAAACGCUGCAGUAUGCAUCAUUUACCAGUAGAUGUAACUUGGAUCCACAUUUUGAUUUCAGCCUUUGAUGAUAUAAUUUUCCAUCACUGAUUUCCUGUAAGUUGUUUCUGGUCUCGCUUUACAUUCUGAAUGUGACAAAUGAAACUCAAGAGAAUUUCCUGCCAGCUCAGUUGAUAGUGAAAACAGUAAAACAAGUCCACUUAUUACAGCUGUUUUGAACUGGUUGUGUCAGUUGUUCCUAAAUGAUGCCUACUUGCACAAAAGAAUAAUAAAAAAUAAGAAAAACA